AUGGCACCUUUCAAUUGGACUUUCAGAGGUAAGAUCAAAGUUUAUCCGCUCACAAAAAAUGACAUUUAGAAAUCAUGCAUUCAUCAUUUACUGUAAACCUCCCUCACAUCUAGUUCCCUUUUCUCCGGUUCAAUAUCGUAAUACACAAUUUCUUAUACUGCUAUAUUGGUAAAUAGCGACCGUUCGCCAUUUAUCCUAUACAGGGUGUAUAAAAAAAACUGAACAGAUUUGAAAUUGCUCUCAAUUUCGCAAAACAGCUAUUAGUAUCCAGUUUUUUAUAUAUAUAGCUUCUUUGGGUACUUAUAAUGUAGAAUAAUGAAAAAAAAAUUCUCAAACUCAAAUUUUGUAAACCAGGGGGGUGUCUUUUCCAACAAACUAAAAAUGGCUUGUGCACGAAAUUUAAAAGCUGUAAUCGUAUUUUGAGUUAAUGGGUGAAAAAUUUGUUGGGUAUUUAACUGCUGCACAAAAUUUCAGAAAAUUUGCCUCAGUUUAGGCCUUUAACUAUUCACGCAAACUUUUGCAUGCUUAAUUAAUGCCUUUGCCUAAUUCAAGUCAGCAAUAUGCAAGUUAGGUAAAGAUAUUAAUUAAGCGUGCAAAAGGCUGAUUUGGGGGGGGGGAUGAAUACUUAAAGGGCUUAAACUAAAACAAAUUGUCUUGAAAAUUUGUACAGUAAUUAAAAACCCAACAAAUUUUCCAUUCAUUAACUCAAAAUACGAUUAAAGCUUUUAAAUUUCGUGCGCAAGCCAUUUUUAGUUUGUUGGAAAAGAAACACCCCCCUUGGUUUACAAAAAUUGAGUUCGAGAAUUUGUUAUCAUUAUUCUACAUUAUGGGUACUCAAGGAAUCUAUAUAUAACAAAAACUUGAUACUAAUAGCUGUUUUGCGAAAUUGAGAGCAAAUUAAUAUCUGUUCAGUUUUUUUAUUUAUACACCCUGUAUAGUCAAGGAUUCCCUUUUUUAUACUGCAAUACAUUUUGUCAGGAGGGGCCCAAAAUUUUACCAGGGGGGGCCGGGCCCUCCGGCCCCAGCCCUGGCUACGCCUCUAGCUGAGCAUUGAUACCACAAACUGGUUUUCGAAAUUGAGAGCAAUUUCGAGUCUGUUCAGUUUUGAUACACCCUGUAUUGUCCGCACCAACGAGGAAAAGGAUACGUAACUCAUUCAAGUUUUUCCUACUUAAAGAGAAGUGAUGCACCGAUAUGGAAAUUCACCGAUAUUCCGAUAACCGAUAUUGAAGGACCGUCGACCGAUAUUUUUCCAAUACCGAUAUUUUAUGUCAUUUCACAAAAUUCAAAGAUGACAUUAUGACAGUUCUACUUUAACACUUUUGAAUUUAAUUCAAUUCAUUUGUUUCUAAAUACUGAAAAUAUCAAAUGAAAAGCUGCGAAUGCAUGCAACAAACUAGUAUAUUACUACGUCAGUGACUGUUUAUUUGUAAUAAAAAUAACUAUUGCAACUAUAACCAAUCAUUAAUAUUUAAUAACAGUUUGUAAUAUCGGUAAUAUCAACAACAAAAUUACCGAUACCGAUAUUUCUAUUUUAGUACCGAUAAGCCGAUACCGAUACACCGAUGUAUUCGGUGCAUCACUAUAUAUACAAAGCGUGCAUCACGAAUUCAAAGGAAAACAUGUAGCUGUGACUGGAUGAUUUAAAAUAUGCGUAUUAAAGUAUACAAAUGUUCAGUCAUGCAUUCGUGUUGUAUUGUAGUAAUAAUUAUGUAAUCAUGAAUGCAUGAGUGAACAUUUCAAUACUUAAAUAUGCAUAUUUUAAAUCAUCCAGUCACAGCUACAUGUUUUUCUUUAUGACUGUGAUUUUUGCCCGAAUUUCGCGAUUCGUGUAUUAAAGAAUGUGAUAGAAAAAAAUUGAAGCAUCUUUACACAAGUAGCAAAUGUAUGAAACAACCAAAACAGGCUAAUCAACAAUUAUGCUAUCAAAUUUUUGUUCUCUGGCCCCGUUCUCACCUUUCUCACCACUUCUCGUCAGCCUGCCUAUACACGAAUCGCGAAAUUCGAUUGCGCAUCCAAAUGACGCGUUCUAAGUCGGCCAAAGCCCAGAUUCAAAGUAAAACAUGUGGCUGUGACUGGAUGAUUUAAAAUAUGGGUGUUAAAGUAUUGAAAUGUUCAGUCAUGCAUUCAUGUUGUAUUGUAGUAACAGCCUCGUCCCCAGGCGCUUUGAUUUGCUGCGCCUACAGAGCCGUCCACUGCUUGCGUCGGAACCCACACGUCUGAGUUGGAGCCUGGGGACGAGGCUGUUGUAGUAAUAUGUAAUCAUGAAUGCACGAGUAAACAUUUGAAUACUUAAAUACGCAUAUUUUAAAUCAUUCAGUCACAGCUACAUGUUUUUCUUUAACUGUGAUUUUUGCCUGAAUUUCGCGAUUCGUGUAUACCUUCGCCUCCUAAACACAACACAUUAAGGAGGAAUUACUUUUUGUGUUUUACCGUGAUUGAACCAAUUAGGUAUUUACUAAUAUAUCGCAUUGAUACUGAACAUUAUAGAAAUGGCAUUGCUAGAAAAAUAAUUUUUUAGUAAAUUCGGGCAUUUUAACUGCCCUUCUUCAGGCUGGCGAUCCCCAAAAAUUAUUUAUAGUCAUUUUCCCAAUCAAUAGCCUGAAGAAGGCAGUAAAUAUACUGGGCGCAACGAUGAAAAAAAAACACUUAAAAUUCUACAUAAUUUAUUGCAAGAAUUAAAAAUUUUCUUAUUUAAUUUUUGUUUAGAUAAACUGACUAACUAUGGGAACAAGUUUGUCAUAGGAUUUACUUCCCAAUAUUCCCUGCGUACCUACGGUUACGUUGGAAUAGCAAUUGCAGCUCACUUCGAUACAAAUGUCACAAUUAUCACACAAUCAACUUCGAGCGUUCCGUUGAACGUCGCCAUCCAUAUGAAAGAAGGAGAUUUCUUGGAGUAUGCUCUGCCGCGCUCCCUGCGAAUGCAAGGAAUCCAAAAUAAUGGUAUUCAGGUUUCGUCAACAAUGAAUAUUUCUGUGGCGUGUUUCAAUUAUUAUACAGGUGGGGAUGGAUACCUAGCACUACCAACUGACGCACUAGGUGUAACAUAUGUUGUUGCAUCAUAUACACCAUACGAUAGCGUUGCAAGAGCUAAAAUUGGUAUUGUGUCAAUACAUGACGAAACAACCAUUUUAAUUCAACCAAUUAAGAAUGCCGUUAUUGAAAUUGGUGGAACCGCGUAUACUCACGCGGACACGAUCCAUGUUUCUUUGGGUACACUGCAGUCCAUGCAAGUAACGAGUAAAUCGGAUUUAUCGGGGACAACGAUAUUCGCUUCUAAACCAGUAUCUGUCGUCUCUGGGGUGGAUUUGGGAAUUCCUGGCGGCACUGGAAGUUAUGACAGAUUAGAAUCAUUUCUUUUACCUGUCACACACUGGGGAAAACAGUACAUCUUAACAACGGUCGGAUCAACGAACAAAAACCAAGGAGAUAUUUUCCGAAUUUUUGCCUUUGGAAAUAGUACGGUUGUCCACAGUGCAUACUGGACCAAAGUUUUGUUAUCCGGCACUUAUACUGAAUUGAUAUUAGGCGAAAAUCUUACCUCGUUUGUGAACUGCAAUAAACCUUGUCAAGUGGUACAAUACAUAAGGGGGGAAACAAUUGGCUCGAAAAAGGCGGACACUUCGAUGAUUGUCCUUCCUUCGAUUAAACAGUUUAAAUCAUACUAUCGUGUACUUUGUAGUCUUUUUUCAAGUUUUUACAGUUCUGCAACAAUUACGAUUGAGGAACGUUUAACCAACGGUUUGUUUUUGAAUGGAGUUAAAAUGAGUUAUCUAAAUUGGAUUAAAAUUUCGGGGACAAAAUAUGUUUGGACAGUGGUUGGUAUGCCUGGAACGAAACAUGCUACCUUCUAUCAUUCUUCGCGUGAUGGUAACUUUGGACUGCUGGUGUAUGGCUGGAAGGGCGGAAAUUCGUAUGCUUACCCUGGAGGAUUCACUUUUCAACACUACAGUACCGGUAAGUAAUUGCCAAGCUUCGACCCAAACGCGGUGAAAUAUUUCGCUUUAAUUUGGACAGCAUUGCUGCAGCGUUGAAAUAUCAUUAAUAAUGAUAGAAUUGGCAGUUCCUUGAUGUGCAAUGUUUGGCUAUAUUUUAAGAAUAUCAACCUUUGGAGCUGUAAAUUUAGUUUUAAUAUUGCCCGAUACCCUUUAGGAAACUGUUAUUUGAUCACCGGCUCUUUACGUGGUUCGUGUAUACCAAGUUGUCUUUUCGCGUGAAAAUUGCGUGUGACAACAGACAGUGUAAUUACAGUGUGGGUAUAAUAUCGAUAACAAAUGAAGGGAAUUUCGAUGAUGCUAAUUUACUUUCAAAGAACAAAAUUUCUAUUUAUAUAAGUAAAUAUAAAUUUUUUGUUCUUGUCUAUUCAGCAAUUAUGUAAAAAAUAUAUAUCUUCUUCCGGUGUAAAAUUUUGAGUUAAAAUCUUGGCCGGCCUUGAGAUUUGUUUUUUAUAUGUUGGUGAAUAUGUUUGUGAAUAUGUUAGUUAACAGCGAAAUAAUUUAGAUAGUGAAACUCACUGUUUUUUACAACAACAUGAAAACCAGAGGUGGAAGACGAAGACUGCAAACAAAAAAAGCUGUGAAAAAGUUCUAUGCAUGCCAUACUUAUAUUUCCCCAUGGCCCAUGGCAUACUUAUCUUUCGCCAUAUAUGGUGGGAUAAAUGAUAGUCUGACGCAGUUUUGUCUCUAAUUGCUUUGAAUUAUUGGUUGGGUAUGAACACAAGUUCUUGUACUCAUGGGGAAAAAAAUCAAAGAAAUAAAAAUUAGAAAAUUUAAAAGAAAAUAUAUAGUAUUUCUUUUAAAUUUUCUAAUUUUGUUUCUUUUAUUUCCAUGUUUCUCGCUGUGCGGCUAUAUCAUCUUCCUGUACAAUAUGCUGCAGCCUUCGUGUAUCGUUUUCAAAAUCGUCAAAAGCAAGCCAAGGUCUCUCUCUUCACGAGAAAGCAUCUUAUUUAACAAUUAUUGGAUGAGGUUGAGCACGAUAUGAAGAAUUAUCAAACCCGACGUUUGCCGUUAUCAACCGACGCCGAAGCCUGAGGAAGCAUCUUAUUUAACAAUUAUUGGAUGAGGUUGAGCACGAUAUGAAGAAUUAUCAAACCCGACGUUUGCCGUUAUCAACCGACGCCGAAGGCUGAGGUUGAUAACUGCAAACUGAGGGCUUGAUAAUUCUUCAUAUUGUGCGAAAACCGAAUUCAAUAAUUGUUUUAUUAUUUAUUUAAAAAAUUCAAAACAAACGGUCGUCCAUUUGUUCGCCUGCGUUUAUCAGCCAAUCAAGAAUUAGGAAACUGAGUGUUCUUACCUACUCUAGAAGCUUUUGUUGAUCUUUUUGUAUUUAAAGAAUCUUUACCUUUCAGUAAUUUUUCAAUUUCGGCUUCGCCAAGGUUGGCGAACCUUUCAGUGGAAGAAGCCAUUUGUAUUUUAUGAAAAAAAAACAAUUCCGUAGUCCUUCGGCAGCCGUCGUCAUCGUCAUCGUCAUAUCAAUUGCGUCAGCGAGUCAAUAUGAUUCUCGUCGUCAUAGUAAUAUGGCGCAAACGCGUCCAAAUUUUUGUCAUAUUGACUCGUUGACGUCAUUUUGCUAAUAUGAAUGUGAAAAAUCCCUAUUUAGUUAGCCAUUGAGUUGAUAUGACAAUUUCACAGUUGGCUGUUAGCCAAUCAGAAACCAGGAAUUUUUUAAAUAAAUAAUAAUACGUAUUAAUAAAUACUAGUUAAAACAUGAGCAGCCGAUCUUUAUCUGACAUACAAACUCGAGCCGAAAACGACCCUCUUGUGAGUUCAUUGGCGAAGUAUAAUUUUAAAAAUAAACAUUGUCUAAGCCGAGCAAUUCGUUCCCCAUGCCUGCGAUCCUCGGAAAGGAACGUGAGGCUUUGGGAUAAUCCGUUUCAGGGAGGAAUCUGAUUGGCCGUUGAUAUGGAAUGCGCAGUUCGGUCAUCUUAGCCACUGAUCUGUACUAAGACUGGAUAACGCAUCUAUAGUAUACGAAAGUGAAGCCGGAAGUCACCGGCCGCCACCCGAUUCAAGGGUCCCACUUUUGUAUAGAUUUGUAUUACAGAUGGUAGUUUUUCGCGUUUUUUGCCUUGCCUACGUUUCUGACCGGGCCAGUUUUACAAUCACAAAAAUAGAAGCAUACAAGAAGAAUUUUGAGCAAAAAAUUUGGAGUAUUAUGACUUUAUAACGCCGCGAAACGGGUAUACAAUUUUGAAGGAGUGGAGAGCCUCAGACUUUGUUUAUCAACACGAGCUCGUUUUGCUACUUUCAUACAAAAUCAAAAUGUACAGGGAUUACUGUUACUGGACGAAUAUUCCCAGGAAAUUUGAAGAAUGGAGCAGCUACAUUGUGAACAAAAGCAUACUGAGGUUAGUUUUAAAAUACCUUGAGGCUACUUUUAUAAUUUUAUAUGAAUUAAAAACAGUUUUAAAUGUCAAUUUUGUCAAGAGCAUUCCCUCAACUUGUCGAGAAGUUUUGUAUGUUUUAAAGUAGGAAGACAAGUGACAAUCAAAUAUUUUUUAAUCCAAAUUAACAAUGACUCAAUAUAAUGUUAUUUUAAUUCAUAUGAUUAUAAAAUUAGCGUCAAGGUAUUUUAAAACUAACCUCUGUACGCUUUCGUUCACAAUGUAGCUGCUUCAUUUCUUCAAAUUUCCCGAGAAUAUUCGUCCAGUAACAGUAAUUCUUGUAUAUUUUGAGUUGAUUUUGUAUGACAGUAGCAAAACGAGCUCGUGUUGAUAAACAAAGUCCGAGGCUCUCUAUUCCUUCAAAAUUGUAAAUCCCGUUUCGCGGCGUUAUAAAGCCAUAAUAUUCCAAAUGUUUUGCUCAAAAUUCUUCUUGUAUGCUUCUAUUUUUGUGAUUGUAAAACUGGCCCUGUAAGAAACGUAGCCAAGGCAAUGCAAAAAUCGCGAAAAACUACCAUCUGUAAUACAAAUCUAUACAAAAGUGGUACCCUUGAAUCGAGUGGCGGCCCAGUGACUUCCGGCUUCACUUUCGUAUACGCGUAUACUAUAGAUGCGUUAUCCAGUCUUAGUACAGAUCAGUGGUCUUAGCCAGGAUUCCUGGCUUCCGGCAACGGAUUAUUUCAGAACCUCACGUUCCUUCCCGAGGAUCGCAGGUUCGGGAAACGAGAUUGUAAGCCGAGAAAAUCAAAGCUGAAGUUUAUGUUAAUCAGGACAAAUCUUUAUCCGAUUUACAAACAUUGAUUAAACAUUCAUUUCUUUUGAAUUUUCUUCAUCAAUUAUUAAUGAGUUUUUUAAUAUACAUAAAAAUGUUCGAAACAAUUGUAGUUUUAACUUUAUACGUUUAUAGCGAACCGUCCACUGGCAAAGCUUUCCUGGCUUUGUUAUAUCACAUUAUACAUGCAACGCUAACAGCUUGAAAAUUCCACUCAACUAUGUAAAGUUUUGUUAGUCUUGUUUAAAGUAAAGGCUUUUCCAUUUAAAAAAAGAUAAAAGCCAUAUUUUCCAACCGAAGUCAACUUUUACUUUAUGUAGCGCGCCAUGUUUGUUUUGUUUUGAGGCAAUCUGUGACCGUUACUUCUUUAAACCUGCUUUAUCAUCACAUUGUUUUUUCACCAAUCAGAUCAGUUUGUUACAGAUUUUUGCGCUUUGGUAACAGAAAAUUGCACUGUGAUAACAGAAAAUUGCACUGUGAUAACAGAAAAUUGCACUGUGAUUACAAAAAAUUGCACUGUGAUUACAAAAUAUUGCACUGUGAUUACAAAAAUUGCACUGCUGUCUGAGAUUAACUGCACUGAAAUCAACCAAUAAUCACAGUCGAGUAAUAUUUUUAUGUAUAUUAUUAAGCUCGUAAUAAAGUUUAUUUUCGCUAUUAUUUGCAAUUUUAUUGAAAUAGUUUGAUAUACUUAGGGGCCAUUCACAAAGGAUGUCCGAGCCGAGGGGGGGAGGGGGGUUUGGAAAAUCAGGACAAACUCGGACAUAGGGGGGAGGGGGGGGUUUUAGCAAUCCGGAUGUCCGAAAUUUAAAAAAAUUCAAAAACAAAUUUCUUUUUCCCUCUAUUUUGAGCAGUCCUUCCCAUUGUGAAAUUGGCAUUUUGACUAUGCGGUUAACACUAGAUUUUGUUUUAAUUAGUAAUUUAUAUGUUUUUGUGUUCACAUUUACAGUUAUAAAAAAGUUCUAAAAGUAAAAACGUGAGUUUUUGCGUGGCAUGGCGGAUGUCCGGGGGGAGAGGGGGGAUCACUAAUUCUGACAAUGCCGGACAAGGGGGGAGGGGGGGGGUCUGAAAAUCCAUCAUUUGGCCGGACAUCCUUUGUGAAUGGCCCCUUACGUAUUUAGACAAUUUAGACACAAUGCAGCAUUAUAGCCCCAAUUAUAAUUAAUAAAUAUAAUAAUGAUAAAAGUUACAACAUCUAGCUUUGUAGUAGCCCGCGUGCAGGCCCAAGGGAGCAGGCUCCACUAUCAAGUUCCCUUGAGCCUGCUCCCUUGGGCCUGCAUGCGGGCUAGCUUUGUAGGAGCUAACAUAUACUAAUUUGUUUGUAAAUUGGCGUUAUUUUUUUUAAAUUUUAUUUUCCCAUGUAUAAAAAUCUACUUAAAAUAUAUUACAAUAAUUUGAAGAUGUUGGGCUAGAGACCUACUAGAAAUCUUCAUAGACUUUUUAUUUUUUAUUUUCAUAGACUUUUUAGUUAUUAUAAUAGCUAGCCUAUAUUGUCCUGCGUUGGUGUUCAAUGUCCAAAAUUAUAUUAUUAAUAUAUGUACAACACAGAGCUUCGCCAUUUAGUGGAGGAAUAGUAGCAAAAAAUGUACUAGGAGAUUUACAGAUGGACCACCAUGGUAUUUUCUGAAAUAAUAGACCCAAGAAAGCCUUCCAACGGCGCAACAUAUUAAUUGCAAUUUGUCUUUAAAAGAGAUUGCAAUGUACUAUCACCAACUUUCAUUAAAGCGUGGCUCCGAUUAUUGAAACUUGGAUAGUUCAAACCUUCAGUCUUUAUUUAGUAGCAAGCCCUCUGGUAUCUUAUUUCUUGGCCCUUCUUGGAGAACACUCGCUCUUUAACUAUGCAUUGUAUUUUAUCUUAGACAUCGAUGAAUGUGCAGGUAAUCAUGAUUGUGAUACAAAUGCCGAUUGUGUCAACACUGAUGGAGGUUAUACAUGUACAUGUCGAGACGGUUAUACUGGUGACGGGCGAUCCUGUACCGGUAGGCUCAAAUUUAAUUCCUAGAAAAUUAAACUUGGAAAAAAUUGUUAGUAAGUGCUAACUAAGUACAACUAAGUACAAGCUCUGCACUUUAAGGUGACCCAAUACUAACAGUUUUUUUUAAAUGGAAAAUUUGCGAUUUAAGACCCGUCUUUUUGGAUUACUUGUUGAGAAACAAAAAGUAUCUUACUUAUGUAAAACAACAUCUGAAGAGUUUAAGUAGGGCCGUCGCGAAGAAGUUUAAAUAUAAAGGGGGUGUGGGUAUGGCAUUUUCCGACAAAAGGGCGUGGUCACUGCGUGAGGUCAUCCGAAGUUAACUAUUCAAUUACAUGUUUUUUUUGGAAUUGGACAUAUCUUUACUCUGACGAGAAUUUAUUAAUUGAAUAAGAAUCACAUGUUCAUGUGUUUUAAUAGGCAAUAUUUUACAUUCAAUCCAAUUUGGCAAUUAUAAAUUAGGGUCCGGCUAGUGACCAAUCCGAUGAAAAAUUGUGUUGCGUAUAUGUUACACGCAUCUGCUCAUAGAAACUAGUGAAUUUUGUUCUAAUAUAAAGCUCUAUAAUUACACUAUGUCUCCUACUAAAUUGUCAAGUAUUCUAAACAUUUGACAGCGUUAAAGGUGAUUUAUUAAGGCCUUUACAUUUUUCUCCACGUGCCUCCACAAUGUAGGAAAUUAGUGCCUUUUCGCAAACCCAAAACUCAAUCUUUUAAUGGGGGAAUAUGCUUCCGGACCUCUUUACAAUUGUGGCUCACUAAUUAUUAAGUUGCUCCCCCCCCCAAAAAAAAAUAAAUUAAAUGUAACAGUACUGAAUGUAACAGUACUGUACACGCUUAAAUGUACAAAUUCUAAACCACAACAAAUACACUCUAGUAAAGACAAUUAUAUUUCUUGCCGAAUGUUCUCCCCCAACAAAAUAACAAUACAAAGCAAUGACAAUAUAUAAUUUCUAAAUUCUCAGCUGAGCCGUUCGUGCUUCAAAUAUACCUGAAAGGCAGUAUUUCGAUUUCAGUUCGAUUUUACAUUCAUCUCCUUGCUGGUCAAAAUCAAUUUGCGGCUCUGUGCCUCUGUUUAACACCACAUUUAAUUUCCCGUGUUUGUAUUUCUUGUAUUGGAGUUUUACAUUGGAGGGGCUUAGUGGAAAGGCCGACUCGUUCGGAACGUGUAAUUCUGAGAGAGGCUAAUGAGGGUCUAUUAGAAAAUUCAAGUUACUUAUAAUUAUUCCAGUAUCAAGUGAGGAUGAUACAGAUUUUAUUUACCAGCUGCGAGAUCACGCCUGGGAGCCAUUUCAUGUAAACACAACGGUUUGUUGAUUUGUCCUUCGCCGAAACUGCUGUUCGAUACUUUUUUAGUUGCCGUGCGGUGAACCAAACCGACAAACAUGACCUCCUUAAAUUUUUAGACAUAAAUGAAUGCAAUGAAGAUCCAUGUACAGAGGAUGGUGCCGUAUGUAUAAACACUCUUGGAUCCUAUACAUGUACUUGUCCUGAGGAUCUCUAUAACAAUGGAAACCUGUGUUAUGGUAUGGAAAAAUGUUGAGAACAUCCCUAAAUUUUGCUGCCAGAAGGAUUAAUUUUAAAACAUUUUGUUAGAUAUUUUCACAGAUAUCCUAAACAUCUUAGCGAAACUCCUACAGUAUAGUGAGGUUAAUAACCAAAAUGAGGUUUAAUUUUAAUCAGGUUCCUGGUCGUAUAUCGACUUAGCAUACAUUCUGGUUAACGUGGUUAUCAUGGUUUAUAAAUCAACCCUAAUUCCCACUAGUUAGACCUUCCCAAAAAUGAGUAAAAUAAUCAAGAAAACUACCCAACGUUUCGGCACUCUAGUCCAGUGCCUUCAUUCAUACCCCAGGGAUGACGUUAUCUGCCAACGAGGUGGAGAUACUCCUGUGGUAAUCUCUUUUCAAAGCAUGGUGAUUUUUGUUACUAUGCUACGUUUCUGUAUUAAACCUGGUUGCCGUGAACUCCCAAACUCUAAAAAUAUUAUUUUGGUUUAACCAGGUGUUAGUUUGACAUUUACUGACGAAGAAGGCGCGUUAGAUUUAGUGGUGCUGCCGUAUUUAUGAACUUUUAAUAAUGGAUAAAAAUUCAUCGUGCUAACCUUACCUGAAUACUGAAAUAGCUCAUGGCUUAUUCUUAAUAUCGUAUUGACUGGCAAUAGCAGGUCCUUAGCAUUGAUCAGGUUCUCGCAUCAGUCCGGCAAAUGAUAAACGUAAUUCGGGCAAAAAUUGGGAGAAAUAACUUGAAAAAGAAGACAUAUGCAAUAUAGUAUUUGAAAAUACCAGAAAUAUGUAAAAGUAACGUCGAAUUUCGACAAAUAGUAAAAAUAUUUCGUCAACCCCCACAACAAUUUUGGAAAGUUUACACGGGAAAUAUUUUUCAGUAAGUCGGGCACAAUGGGAAAAAGUCGAGUAAAUUUCUUGCUGGCCCCCCUGAUUUUUUCCUCCCGUUCGCCUAUGAUCAUAUAAAGAUUUAUUAUCCCAGUAAUGACAAUGUAAUAUCUGGUGGUGUUUCACAAUAUUUAUCCCCGAGAGGGAACUAAUUCCUCACGGUCAUUUACCCCCGGGAAAAGGAAAGCUGCUAGCCGUUUCAAAAGUGGAGUAGUGGAAGGUAGUGGGUGGUCAUUUCAAAAUAUGGCGGAUUGCCAGGAGUAGAAUGAACCAACUGCUUAGAUUUCAGUUGAAAACAUAUGGAAAGUCGUUUCAUACAAUGAGCUGUGAAGCGAUGUUUUAAAUUUUACUUUAAAAAAAUGGGAAGUGAUGAAAUAUAAAGCAAGUUUGUUUGGGGGGGUUUUUCUCGUAAACAUGUACGUUGUUUUCGGGUUUUCCACUUCAAUUAAUAGAAUCAGGAAAAAGCAAAAUUAUUUCCAAGAAGGAACAGUUUGAUUUGAACUGAUUUCAAAGUUAUGAAGGGAGAUUUCAUUUCCAUUUUACCAGGCGACAUGAUUGAAUCCUAAUCACGUGAUCCACUGAAUAGCGGCAUCCCAUUCCCAGCAGCACAAUGCUGAUGCAAAUCUUAGAAGUUCUUUCGUCACGCAAUCUUUAAUAGAAAGGACUUCUGGAACGCACAGUGCAUUGUGGGAUGCUUUCGGGUUAAUAAUUUAUUGUUUGAAAGUUACAUGACGUAAGCACUUCUAAGGUGCAUUUCAAUGCUUUUUUCUAGUUUUUUGCCCGUUCAAGUUGGACCUUGCCUUUCUCGUAGACACUUCUAAUUCAAUCAAUGCAAAUGAUUCCGUGGCAGUCAAGCAGUUUAUGAUUGAAACUAUCGGUAGAAUGGAAAUUGGUCCAACCGGUAAUCAUAUUGCUGCAAUAUCAUUUGGAAACACUGCUGAAGUAUUCAUGGGUUUCAACACCGUCACUGGCGCAAACUUAAAUCGAAGUAAUCUUAUAAAUCAGUUCGCUAAUUUCCCCCAAAAUGGUGGCUUGACAAGGGUCGAUCUUGCAUUGCUUCUGGCGGAAACAGAUAUUUUUACAGCAUCAAAUGGCAUGAGAACUGAUGCUGAUGUAAGAAAG